AUGAUCCCUUUGUCUUCCUUCUUGGUCACCGUCGGAGCCCUGAUGGCCGAGGUUCGGCAGAUGUGGUUCAUUGCCGUGGUCGUGAUCUGUUUGAACUACGCCGGCCUCCCGAACGUGCCGCUCAUGCGCUUGGCUUCCGGGGUCGCACCGCCUGGUCGAGUGGGUGAGGCGCUGAGCUCCAUCGGCAUUGCAGCCCAGCUCGCCAGCCUCAUCGGCAAUAUUGCCGUGGCGAUCCUGAACCGAUGGCUCAUGAGCACGGAUCUCUACGAUCCCCUCUGGAUCUACUAUCCUGCAUGUGGCACACUCUCGCUGUGCGCUCAUCCCGCUGAUCGGGACUCCUCGUGGCGGUUGGGGUUCCGCAAGCGGUGA